UGCGCAGCUGAAGGCUUGUGAGGAGGGCAGACAGACUGCGAGCCACCACGUACUACCCCAGCAAUGGAGGUCCUGGGUGUUGAUCUUACCCUGCCCCUGACUCUACUCGCGGGGUUCCUGGUGUUUGUAUACAUAUAUGGUAAAUGGCGGUUCCGCUUGAUGAGGAACGCGGGUAUUCCCGGUCCAGAACCUGACAUCUACUUAGGGGAUCUUCGGCGUACCAUGAGAGAUGGUUUCGACCUGGAGAACAAACUGGGCAAGCAGUAUGGAGACGUAUUCGGAUUCUGGUUAGGAGGCCUUCCCAUGGUCAACGUGUUUGACCCCGAUAUCCUAAAGGAGGUCCUGGUAAAGGACUUUAAGACCUUCACUGACAGAUUGUCGUUUGAACUCGAUGACUUCCCACUUUCCACUAAUCUGUUCAAUGUGCGAGGGGAAACAUGGAGAAGACUACGCAACAUCGUCAGUCCAACAUUCAGCGGUGUCAAGCUUCGACGGAUGUGUGCGGGACUUAACACAUGCGCUGGAAAACUAACCGAUAACUUUGCUGCCGCCGCCGAGUCAGGGGAAACCGUAGACGUGAAAACUUACUUUGGUGCUUUUUCCAUGGACUCCAUCGCCAGCACCGCUUUUGGCAUCGACACCCAGUCCCAAAAUAACCGUGAGAGCGGUUUCAUAACAGCAGCCAAGAAAGUAUUUGAGACUAAUGUUUUCGCAAACCCAGUGCUGUUCAUUGCACUGAUCUUUCCGAGUGUGCAACCACUGCUAGCAAAACUAGGGUUUUCAUCGAUACCUCGGGCAUCUAAGAAUUUUUUUGAGAACACUGCGAAAGACAUAAUCAAGCAAAGGCGGGCAGAACCGGAGGAAGAUCGACGUCGGAGGGGUGACUUCCUCCAGCUGAUGCUGAAUGCUGAGAGUGACGUCACAGAAAACGGGAACAAUGACAAAUCACAUAAGAAAAUGUCAACCGAUGAAAUGAUUGGCCAAGCAUUCAUGUUCUUUCUCGCUGGAUACGAAACUACGGCGAGCACUCUCCAGUACGUGGCGUACAUUUUGGCAACUCACCCCGACGUUCAACAGAAGAUGUCAGAAGAGAUAGAUUCAGUCCUCGGAGAUAAAGAACCGGACUAUGACAGCAUCCAUAACUUGGUGUAUAUGGAUCUAGUGGUGACCGAAACCCUGCGACUGUAUCCAGUUAUAGCAGAUUUGCAACGCUAUGUGCCUGAGACAACAACAAUCAAAGGCUGGACGUUCCCGAAGGGUGUCUACAUCAACGUCCCUGUUGUCCAGAUACACAGGAACCCGGACAUCUACCCAGAACCCUUGAAGUUCAAACCUGAAAGAUGGGAGAAAAAAUCUGAGAUGAAUCCGAUUUACUACCUGCCGUUUGGUCAAGGUCCACGUCAGUGUGUGGGAAUGAGGCUUGCCCUGGUGGAGGUCAAGGUCGCACUGGCUCGCCUCCUCAAGAGACUCCACUUUGUCCGACUGGCGGACACCCCGGAUAUACUGACAGAGUUCAAGGUCCUUGAUGUUUUUGCUCCAAAGAAGCCGAUCGAGUUGAAAGUGAAAUUCCGUUGAUCGGGAUAUAGUGAAUCCCAACAUCUACUGGAGUCACUAACACACAGUCCGCCUGUACAGACGUUUGUCGUAACCGGAGCUAGUUAAACAUAUUGUGCUCUAUCAGUCAAUGAAAGGGUUGGCUACUAGACAUUAUAAUCCCUCAGAUUUACAUGUAUCCUUAUUUACAGUUUACACAAUGACAGACGGAAAUGAAAGAAUGUAGAUAGUGAAAUAUGUACACUUAAAUUUUGUUGUCUAAGUAUGUACAUUCUUAUGGAUACUUUCGUUUUCGAUGACGGUAAAGCGAUAUGUUUAUGUAUGUGCUUGUGGCUUGACUAUUGAC